GGUAUACCAAAAUAAUAUACAAGCUAAGUAUAUACAAAAUUUUAUUUGUAUAUCUUUCCUAGAACAAAGUAAACAAGUCUAGCUUAAACAAACCAAUUCAAUGACAACAAACGUUAAACUAGAAGGUGAUUGUUACGGGCGCAAUGUAUUCUCGUUAGGCUUAAUCGCCACUACUGUCGUAGUUUGCCUUCUCCUACAACCCACGGCCACAAACGCUUUUAUGGUACCUUCAACUUACAUGGAAGAAUUUACCGUUUUUGCCAUCAAGGAAAACUCUACUACCAAUUCCUCUCGUCACAACACUAUCCAUUUCGAAUUAUGGUUUAACAAUAGAGAAAGAAAGAAAGGCGUUUACUACGAUGCUUUAAACCUUACUUUCUAUUAUAAGCCUAAUGAUAACAUUAGUAGCUUAAUUCCAAUUGGAAAUGCCACUAUUAAAAGCUUCUACCAACGGUCGGAUGGAAGUGAUUGGCGUAGGGGUGAUUUUGAGGUAAGAGGGGUAAAAUGGGAAAGUAUUACGGCGUCGCCUGUAAUAUUUAGGGUGGAGUUAGUAACAAUGUUAAGGCACGAUAAAAUGUUUUUUAGAAAGUCUAAACGUGAGCGUUAUGAAGUAGGAGCUGACCUCAAAGUCAAUGAUCAAGGUGAUUUGAUGAUUAAGAAGUGGACGAUCUUUAAGUGGGGAAUUGAACUUACGUCUAGUGUUGGAAGGAAUUAUAUGGGAAGUGUUCAAUUGAUUGGCAUGUUUGUUUUGUUUGUCUUUUAUUUUUGGUAAAUUAGCUUAGUUCUAUUAUUGAAAGUCUAACUGGCUAAUACAAGAGGGGGGGUGAAUUGUAUUUGAGGUGAAA